UUUUGAUAUUGCGUAUCAGUUUUUGCUUUCGAAUAGAAGCAUUGCAUUUGUCAAAUCCAAAAUUUAGCAUUUUUUGGGUCAGGGUAAUUUAUUUUGGCCUCAAGAUUUCAAAUAUGGUAUUUUACAAACAGAAAUUGUUUAAAAUUCAAUUUCAAUUGUUUAAAAUUCAAUUGUUUUUUUUAAUAAAAAAUUGUUACGAGAAAAGUGAGGCGCAAUUGGUAGAAAUAUCGUAUUGAUGAGACGCAAAUCAUGGAGUCCUGCCAGGAAUCAGUCCAGACUAAACAAAUGACGAAAGAUACAACAACUCGGGCCUUUAAUUGAAAGCCCGAGCAAUUUACUUCAAAACUACUCCAAUGAGGAAAAAAAUAAAAAUUUGGAAUAUCUAUAUAUGGGGGGCUAAUUGAUCGGAUCUCAGUUUACCCUACCCAACCGCGAUCAUUCUUUUGUGGCGAGAACUAUAACACUGCGCAGGCGCAUUUAUACAUAUGUUGCUAGGAAGCUACUGGUUCGUGAAGGUUUGCCGUCUGCCGCACGCAUGGGAAGCACAGUAAAUAAAAAUACAAGAGUUGAGAGAUUGUCGUAUUCAUGAAUUAUCCUCCAAGUGCAAGUAUUGUGAAAACAGAAAGGAUGCGUCGAAAGAAUCCUUACAACAGGGAUUGGGCCAAGAGCAUUGUCGGGAUUGUUAGCCAGCAGCCAAUGAUUUAUGAUAAAAGACACAGUGAUUACAAGAACAGGAGCAAGAAGAUGGUUGUGUGGAAGGAAAUUUCUAAUUAUGUUGGCAGGGAGUUCCAGGUUAACAUGACAGCUACUGAACUCGAGAAACGAUGGAUGGGCUGGAAAUCCACAUUCAUAUCAGAGCACAGAAGGCUUCACACACCUCCCGUAGACACUAAUGUUAAAAAAUGGUAUUUAUUCAAAGAAAUGAUGUUUAUGGAACCACACAUAUCACAUCAUCGAAAAACAUUCAAGACAGAGGAAUCAUUUGAACCUGAGGACAUCAAACCCAAGACUGAAUAUCCUCUCCAUGUGAUGAAACCCAUGUCGUCGAGGGUGACGAGGUCCUCAGCUGGCCAUUUCCACGAUUUAUCACGUUCUCUUUCAUGUGCAAUGGACCCCUGUUACUUAUCUCAGAAUGGAGUAGGGAAAUCUGAGCUGGCUGACUCGACCAGUACAUUUGCCAUAUCUCAGGUUGUUGGAAACUACAGCGAUCAUGGAUUUAAACUUCCUAUGGAGCCCAGUGAAUCAAGUAUCGAAAUUCAUGAUCAAAUUGACCGCAAACCUGUCUGUCCUGACUCAUCCGGAUUGUCUACAAGAUCCCCCACAACGGACUCCUUCUUCAAAGAAGAAGGGAGAGACAAGUCCAAAUGCAUCAUCGAAGAGAGACUCGAAUUAGUUCCCCUCGAACGCAGAACAAUGUGUCUCAUUGAGAUAUUCCAAGUGAUCCACAAGUACGAAAGCCUUUUGUAACUCACACGUUAUUUCAAAGUUUAAUUGACAAUCCCAUUUGUUUUUUCAACAUUUCAACGUUAUUUCUACUGAAUUCCUUCAAGAGCCAUCAGAGAGUAUUAUAUCUUGCAUUUACGAGUUUUUAUAUUUUUCAGAAGUGAUUUACUUUCCAUUUGUAAGAGUUAUGGGACUUAUGAGUUGUCUUAUGGUAGAGAGUUGAAGUUGAACUCAAAUUUUGGUUGAUAAAAAGUAAUGAAUAAAUGAACUGGGAUUACACUCACGUAAAGUAAUUAUAUUAAAAUAAUAAAAAUACAUCUUUAUAAAAUUUUUUUUUAAAAAACAAUAAAAAUAUACGAAAAACUUCAAA